UUGAAAGAUGAACGCAUGUGCAAGAAUCAUGUGUACUUCAAGAAUAUCAUGACUCGUUAUAUUUUUAUUUUAUUUUGGAGAUAUUUAAAAGGAAUUGUAACAGAUUUUGAAUGGAAUAUAUAAUUUUAAAAUGUCUAAAUCGAAAUCAGUAAUAGGCCAAACCAAAUAUACGCAGCAAGUCCAUAGCGAUCACAUACGGUAUUUAGAAAUGCUUAAAGAAGAAUUUUUUAAAACUUACGAGAAUCCUCCGAAAGAUGUUAAAAAUCUUGAUGAUUACGACCGUAUUAAGGCUAUCGGCAAUGGUGCUUAUGGUGAAGUAUUCAUAGUAAGAGACAAAAAUUUAUUUACAUAUCAUGCUAUGAAAGUUGUAGAUAAAAGAGUAGUGGUGGAAAGGGACCACGUUAAGCACUUAAUACAAGAAAAGAAAAUACUCCAGUGUGUACAGUUUCCUUUCAUCGUAUCUUUAGAUGGCGUUUUUAAAGAUAACCUGUAUUUGUUUUUUAUUCUUCCAUUUGUUGGUGGAGGAGAGCUUUUUAACUAUAUACAAAAAUAUGGCACAUUCUCUGAUAGUUUAACCAAAUUUUAUGCAAGUCAAGUUGUAUUAGCAUUGGAAUAUUUACAUUUCUGUGAUAUAGUUCAUAGAGACAUCAAGCCGGAAAAUAUUUUAGUUGAUGUGAAUGGAUAUAUAAAGCUAUGUGAUUUUGGAUUUUGUAAGAUUAUUAAGAAAAAAACAUGGACUCUAUGUGGAACCCCAGAAUAUUUAGCUCCAGAGAUAAUAUUAUCAAAAGGGUAUUCAUUUGCGGUAGAUUGGUGGGCUGCAGGUGUUUUGAUUUUUGAAAUGUUAGCGGGACAACCUCCUUUCUUUGCUUCUGAUCCAAAUAAACUGUACGAGUUUAUUUUGGAAGGUCGAUACAAGUGUCCAGAGGGUACUGAUCCAGACUGCAAGAGUUUGUUAAAAGGGCUACUAUCAGUGGAUCCAAGUAAGCGUCUAGGGUCUUUAAAAGGCGGAGUUUACGAUAUAAAGAGCCAUAGUUGGUUUAAUGACAUUUGUUGGUCCUCAAUAUUGCACAAAAGAGUACAAGCUCCAUUUGUUCCAAAAACUCAUUCACCAGGCGAUACAGGAAAUUUUCCAGACAUAGCACAACCAAUGCUACAAAAGUCAUCCCGCUGUUUUUAUGAAGAGGAAUUUCAAGAUUUUAUCGCUGUAUGUAUAUAUUUAAUGAAAACGAUAUUCGAUAAAAUUUUGUCUAAUGAUAAUAAAAAAUACAGUCAUGAGUCACAGGCCAAUCAUAAAAGAUAUUUGGAUGUUCUAAAACAGGAGUUUCAUCAGAAUUAUAGUAAUUAUUCUUCAGAUGAUAAUUCGAAGUCAGUGACAGAUUUUGACACUAUUAGAACCUUGGGCAUUGGUGCUUUUGGAACAGUGUUCUUAGUUCGGGACAAAAUGACUAUGAAAUAUCACGCUAUGAAGUCUCUUGAGAAAAAUGCCGUCGUAACAAAGAAAUGUGUUAAACAGCUUUUUCUGGAAAAGAAAAUAAUGCAGUGUGUUAAUUUUCCUUUCGUCAUAUCCUUGGAUUUUUGUUGCAAAGAUAAUCUUUACAUUUAUUUCAUAUUGCCAUUUGAACCUGGUGGCGAGCUAUUUACUCUUAUUAGAAGACUAGGCAUACUCUCCGAACCUUUGUCACAAUUUUAUGCUGCUCAAAUGGUAUUAGCAUUAGAGUAUCUGCACCAUUGUUCUGUGAUACAUCGAGAUGUGAAACCAGAAAACGUAUUUAUAUCUAUAAACGGAUAUAUCAAAUUGGGAGAUUUUGGAUUCUGUAAAGUCAUAAAAACUAGAACUUGGACUUUAUGUGGUACUCCAGAAUAUUUAGCGCCAGAAAUAAUUAUGUCCAAAGGAUAUACUAUGGCAGUCGAUUGGUGGGCCUUGGGCGUUUUGAUUUAUGAGAUGGUCGCAGGGUAUCCUCCUUUUUAUAAUUCAGAUCCUAUAAAACUUUAUGAGAAAAUUCUUACAGGAAAUUUUAAAACACCUGAAAAUAUGUCACCGCAAUGCAGGUCCUUAGUGAAAUGUUUUCUUGAAGUUGAAUCAUCUAAACGGAUAGGAUCUCUUAAGGCGGGUGUGUAUGACAUUAAAAGUCAUUCAUGGUUCAAGGAAACGGAGUGGGAUUCAAUACUCCAUCAAAAAAUGGAACCUCCUUAUGUGCCUGUUCAAAAAGAUAUUGCGGAUGCGGUCAAUUUUCCGGCAUUGAGUGAUACGAAACUGAAGCACGGCUUGGAGUGUUUGUUUGAGAAAGAGUUUGAGCAAUUUUAAGUUUUAUGUGAUGUAAAUAUAAUGUUAUAUAUUUAAUCAAUAAACUACAAGGAAUUAAGUUUAUGUUAUAUAUUUUAUUAUAAAAUUGUGAA